CGUCCUUCGCCGAUCGGGCGCAGCCAGUAUCCCCUUUCCACCCCCACCUACCUCUAUUCUGCUUAUCGUCUCCGUUGCCCCUUCACCUCCGGUUCAGGUGUAAUUCCACAGUAUGUCGCGCGGUGUCUGCGCGUACGCGUUUCAUGAAUUUUUGUGGUACGUGAUCCCCUUCUAAUUUCAACAUUUCAAUUCCAUUCUCAAAUUAUUAAGAUAGUGCCUCCUCAUAAUUAAGAAUAGUGUCACUCAUAAUUUUCGAAGAGUGAUUGAACUUUCAAAAGAGACUUUCAGUUUCAUUCGGAUUCCAAGACGGAGUAUUACCAGAAGGUAGUAAAUAAAGAUCUAAAGGAUGAAGAAUGGAUUAGGGAGGACGACACUGUCGUCUCUAGCAGUGGUUUUUCUAAUUGGAGGAUCUCUGGCAUUAGAUAAACUGAGAGUCGCAUACCAAUGGAAGCAGAUGGAUUAUGACUGGCCCAAUAACGAGACGAAAGAACAGUUUCCAUUUUACAGGCAGGAAGAUAACCUGCCCUUGGGACUUGAGGUCGCUGGAAAUAGACUGUUUAUAACGGUCCCGAGAUGGAAACCCGGAGUGGCUGCAAGUCUCAACUACAUAAUGCUUAACGACACUCGACAGUCUCCUCCUCUGAUUCCAUAUCCCUCGUGGGAGGCUCAUCAAUACAAACCCGGAAAAGUUCCGGACAUUGUCUCAACUUUCCGCAUCCGGGCAGAUCGAUGCAAUCGAUUAUGGGUCUUGGAUACCGGUCUCAGCAACAUAGCAGACACUCCAGAGUCGCAAAGGCCACCGACUUUGCUUAUUUACGAUCUUUCCAAUGAUCGGGUUCUCAGAAAUUAUACAAUCCCUGAAAACCAGAUGACUGCGGAUUCAUUAUUUGCCAAUAUCGCGGUUGAAGAUGAAUCCUGUACCGACAGUUAUGGAUACCUUGCUGAUUUGGGUGGUCCUGGUAUCGUUGUCUACUCAUGGAAGCAACAUAUUUCCUGGCUUGCUAAACACGAGUUCUUCCGGCCCGAUGUUCAAAGUAGUGAUUUCAACGUCUCCGGAAUCACUUUCCACUGGAACGAUGGAAUAUUUGGGAUGGCUUUACAGCCAUCAGGAGAUGGUUAUAGUACAUUAUACUUCCAUCCUCUUUGCAGCACGAAGGAAUUUUCUGUCAGUACGAAGUUUCUCAGGGACCAACAACUUGUUAAUGGACCAGACACUGCUAGUCAAUACAAAUAUCUGGGGUCACGAGGAAAUAACGCACAAAGCAGUGUGAGCUUUUUGGAACCCAAAACUGGAAUUCUUCUCUAUGCUCUCGUUAAUUUUAAUGCCAUCGCCUGCUGGAGGACUGGAACCCCCUAUGAUAUUCAGAAUCAUCGACCUGUUUAUAUGAAUAAUGUUACCAUGGUCUUCCCCAACGAUCUAAAGAUUGAUUCGAACGGCAACAUCUGGGUUCUUUCCGACCGUCUCCCAAAGUUUAUGUAUGACCGCCUGGACCCUCAGGACUACAAUUUUCGAAUUUUGACUGGUUCGUUGAAGGAAGCAGUUCAAGGAACUGCUUGUUCUCCAGAUUAUCCAAAUCAACCUUCCCAGGUAAUGACCAACAAUAGAAGUGCAUAUGGCCGAAGUGAUAAUGGAUAUCAACAAAAUGGAAGUGGUUUUAAACCAAACGGUAGCGGAUAUCAACCAAAUGAUAACGGAUACCAACAAAACGGAAAUGUAUAUCAACAAAGUGGGAUUGCAGUGGAAAGUGGAAGCGAAAAAUCAUUUGAUUCUUUAUCAAUCAUUCUCGUGUUUUCUGUCUUCAUUAAAUUAUUCAUCGUGCAUGUUAACUUUAAGGUAAACGGGCUUUUUCCUAUGUUAACGGAGGUCAUUGACAAAUUUGCGCCACUCUUUGUUCCAAGUUCACGCAAAGAAGACUCACACAACCAGUAUAAUGUCAACGCCAUCAGAAAAAUCGGAAUGCAAAGGAGAAUGUAUGGCAUUUUCUGCGAUAUUUGCGUCUCAUUCCGCCUAAGUGUAGAAGACCUCGACGUAAACUUCAUGCCUUCGGAUUUACAACAGGCGUUUUCACUAACUAACCGGCCACCUGUAGUGCCUCCAACCCUAGCUCUGCAAGAGAAAAGAAUGGGCAAAUUAGAAAGUAGUAUACCAGGAUUGGGAUAUCCAUCCGGCCGAGACGAUCCCUUAAAAACUGGUCAAGGAUAUUUGGAUGGUAGAAAAAGAGAUGAUGGAGCUGAAGGACUUUGGAGAAUUAAGGAUGAUUUGUACGAUCUACAAAAUUUUGUAAAUAGUCAUCCUGGUGGUGCAGAGUGGAUUAAUAUCACAAAAGGAACCGACAUUACUGAAGCUUUUGAGGUUCAUCACUUAACUGCUAAGCCAGAAAAGCUUCUGCCAAAGUUUUUUGUCCGAAAAGCAGUUUCACCCAGAUUAAUUCCUUUUACAUUCUUGCCAGAUGGCUUCUAUACAAAACUUAAAGAAAGAGCGAAAAUUGCUCUAAAGGAUGUGGAUUUUCAUAAUUCGGCCACGAAAACUAAUUUAAUUGCAGAUUCAAUUUUUGUUGCAACACUGACUUCUUCUUUAAUAGCUGCAUAUACCAAUUUUUGGAUGGCUUUUAUCAUCAGUGGACUGUUUCUGGCUUGGACCACCAUAGCUGGUCAUAAUUUCACCCACAUGAAGCAGAAUUUCAGGAUGUACUAUUUUGAUUUGAGUACGAUGUCCAGCAAAGAAUUUCGCAUGUCACAUUGUCUCUGUCAUCACCUUUAUCCAAACACAAUUUGGGAUCAGGAAAUCUACACUUAUGAACCUAUUGUGAAUUGGCUACCAUACCGAAAAACAGUUCUCAGCAGAAUUGUAGGCGUUCUUCUCACACCCAUGAUUUGGGUUACUGGCUUUUGGAAGGAUGGUAUGAAAAGAUACUAUAUGGUUUUUAUGGUAUGGAAGAAAUUCGAAUUAAGGGAUUGUGUGCCAUUCAUUCUCCCACUGUCGAUGUGUCUUGUCGCACCCAAUCCUGUUUCAGCGUUUAAAAGCUGGCUCGUGAUACUGGCAUGCGCUAGUUUUAUUUUCUUUUGUAUUGGAUUGAAUGCUGGCCAUCAUCAUCCGGAUAUUUUUCACGAUGGAGAUGUUUAUAGGAAAGAUUUAGAUUGGGGCCUACUUACACUUGACACCGUCCGUGGCAGGGAAAUAAUCGAUGACUUCUUUUUCUUAACAUUGACACAUUUUGGCUCUCACAUUAUGCAUCAUUUAUUGCCAACUGUGGACCAUUCUUAUCUUCAUCUCUGUGAAGAAGCCUAUCAGGUAACCUGCAAGGAAUUUGGAAUUACCGGCUUGGAUACGCUUCAUCCGUUAGAGUUGGUGAAAGGACAGUUCCAACAGCAGAUUCGAACAGAAAAAAUCAGCAACUCUAGAAAAUAUGGAGCCGGGCGAGAGCGAAUGAGGCGGACCUUACUGUUUACGUUUCGAUCCCCCCGACGUCAGUCCAAGGUUAUUCGAAGGCAACCGCCAACACAGGUUCAUCACUUGACCGAUAAACCAGAAAAGCUUUUGCCAAUAUUUUAUGUCCGACAAGCAGUUUCACCGAGGUCAAUUCCUUUUACAUUUUCGCCAGACGGUUUCUAUAAAAAGUUUAAACAAAGAGUGAAAGUUGCUCUAAAGGAUGUGGAUUUUCACAAUCCAGCCAAAAAAACUAAUUUACUUGUGGAUACACUUCUUGCUGGAACACUGAUUUCUUCCUUAGUAGCUGCUGUUUCCAAUUUUUGGAUGGCUUUUAUCAUGAGUGGAAUGUUUUUGGCUUGGACCACCAUAGCUUCUCAUAAUUACAUCCACAUGAAGCAGAAUUUCAGGAUGUACUAUUUUGACUUAAGCUUGAUGUCAAGCAAAGAAUGGCGUAUAACACAUGCUCUCAGCCAUCACCUUUAUCCAAACACAAUUUGGGAUCAAGAAGUCUACAGUUUUGAACCUGUCAUGAAUUGGUUACCAUACCGAAAGACAGUUUUUAGCAGAAUUGCAGGCAUUCUUCUCACACCCGUAGUUUGGGUUACUGGCUUUUUUAGGGAUGGUAUUAAAAGGUACUACCUGGUUUUCAUGGUAUGGAAGAAAUUUGAAUUUAGAGACUUUGUGCCUUUUACUCUACCAUUGCUGAUGUGUAUUGUGGCACCCAAUCCUGUUUCAGCGUUUAAAAGCUGGUUGGUGGUCAUUGCCUGCGCCAGUUUCAUUUUCUUAUGUAUUGGAACGAAUGCUGCUCAUCAUCAUCCUGAUAUCUUCCAUGAUGGAGAUAUUUAUAGGAAAGAUUUAGAUUGGGGUCUACUUGCAAUCGACACCGUUCGUAACAGGGAAAUAAUUGACGACUUCUUUUUCUUAAUUAUGACAAAUUUUGGCUCUCACGUUAUUCAUCAUUUACUACCAACUGUGGACCAUUUAUUUCUUCCUCUCUGUAGGGAAUCCUUUGGUGAAACUUGUAAGGAAUUUGGAAUUGCCGACAACGAUAGGCUUCAUCCAUUAGAGUUGGUGAAAGGGCAGUUUCAACAGCAGAUUCGAGUAGAAAAAAUAAAUAACUGCAGAAAAUAAUAAUAUGAAAACUAAAAUAAUACAGACAUCAUAAGACUCAAUGGGCUAUUUUAAUUAUGAAUAGAAAAGAACAAACAAUUAACAAUACGAGGUUUGUUCACAAAAAAGGUGACUUAAUUUACAUUAGUCAAACAAUUUUAUGGGGAUAACUACGCCAAAAGAUGUUACAAUUAGACAAGAAAAUCACCAAAUAUGUGUCAAUUGAAGCUGAAAAAUCGAAAAAACAACAUAUUUCACAGCAGAUAAUAAAAUACGGUUCCUGUGUUUUUGCAUUUUCACGAAAAAUUAAUGUAUAGGGGUAACCACCCUUAAGUGCAUUUUAUUAUGUUUCUAUGCGUAUAUUAAGG